CUACGCUAAGGCAAAAGAACGUUAAACGAAUCCAUGACGCAGCAAAACUACCCGCCGCUCAUUCAGCGGGGACACAGCCCCCCACGCAUCGUUACGUCUCGACGAAUCAUUGUGCUAUCAUGCUUCGCUGUGAGCUUUGGUCUACUAUGUGGAGCCGCCGUUUUAUGUUCCCGCACCUCCAUCGCAUCAGCUGCCUUGACAUCAACGCUGGUUGCAUCAAUAUCGGGGCCGACUCUCAAUGAAGGCGCUUCGGGAAGUGAUCUGGGCGACGACGACGAUGAAUCUUGGGACCAUGACGACGGCGACUUGAUUGAUGGUAAAUUGGUCAUGUCCGCGGCCUUGGCCAAGGUCGAAAACUGUGUCCCUUUUGACAUCACGUCGUCCGUCACCGCCAACGCAACAGCUGGCUCUGUCACGUGGUCGACCCAGCGCAUGUACAAGGAAGGCAAGGACGACGACUGGGUCGAGUGCGGGCACGGCCGCGCCGGCUUGGAACUCCGCGCUGUCGACGGAUCUGACACAUCUGCAUCGUACAGUCAUUUCCGCUCGAUCGUGUUGGACCGCGACGCCGCGACCAAUGUCACCAUUCACAGUGUGUCGCUAUCGAAUCUGGACCCUGCUGCCACGUACGAGUAUGUCGUGGGGUCGUCUCACCACGGGUACUCCAACCUCCACCGCCUCGGUCACAACAUUGAGUACUCGUCCGAUGAAGCGUGGCGGUGUCGGCCUGUGCGGGUUCGGUCUGCGUAUGGCUCUACGCCGGAUGCGUACGCAAUUCAGUGGUCUACACCAGCCGACUGCUCGGCGGGUACCCACACGCUGACUUUGGAGGCUGGCAAGAUGGCCGCAUUUACUGCUUCGUCCAUUACCCUCCCCGCCACGAGCUUUGCAUUUGGCAGUCGAGCGCAGCAUGUAGUCUCGGCCACGAACCUCCGCCCCCACACGUUUUACUCGUACUUUGUCGGCAACGACCAGUACAGUCGGUCGCUAGUGUUUACGUUUCGCACUGCGCCUGGCCCAAGCGAUAUCGCACCCCUUCGGUUCCUUGUCACGGGGGACAUUGGAUACCAGAAUGCCGCGACGCUACCCAUGAUGCAGGCCCAGGUCGCGCGAGGCCUCGUGGAUGCCGUCAUUUCGGUGGGGGAUUACGCGUACGACCUGCACAUGUCCAAAGGGCAAGUGGGCGAUGUGUUCCUCACCGAGCUGGAACCUGUGGCGGCGAACGUGCCGUUCAUGGUGGCCAUGGGUAACCACGAAGUCAAGCAACACUACAGCCACUACACGAACCGGUUCCAACUCAUGCCUGCCAAUGCCGGUGUUUUGGUAGACUCUCCUACCAUGAAGAACAACUGGUACUACUCGUACAACGUCGGCCUCGUGCACUUUGUCGUGUUGUGCACGGAAAUCUACUUCAAACCCAACCCGAAAGACCCCCAGUUUGUAGAUAGGCAAGUCCAGUGGCUCCAAGCCGAUCUGGCUGCCGCCAAUGGUAACCGAACGCUAGCGCCAUGGGUGAUCGUCAUCGGCCACCGCCCGCUCUACUGCACCAGCGACGCCAACUGCGAUGCCCCCGCCGCGCUGCUGCGAGACGCGUUUGAAGACCUGUUCUACGACAUGGGCGUCGACCUGUACCUUUGUGGCCACCAGCACAACUACGAACGUAUGUACGAUGUGUACCGAGGGGCAACGAUGGCACGGUCCACCAACAUGGCGGCGACCACGUACAUCUUGACAGGCGCCGCGGGGCAGUCGAAGGUGCUCCCGGUGCGAAAGCCGUUCGGAAGACCACCCGAAGCGUACACGGCGUUCCGGAACACGGUCUUUGGGUUCAGUCGCCUCGUCGUGCACAACUCGUCGCAUGUGCAGUGGCAGCAGAUUGAGUGCGAUCCGCUCAAUCCUGCGGCGUACGGGGUCAAUGGACAGGCCGUGGACGACGUCUGGCUCGUGCAGACGCGCCAUGGCAGCUUCGCAUCGUCUUAAUACAGUACCGUAAUGUGCCAAUUAAUAUUAAUGGCGUGUAUGUGCCAAUUAUUGAUGUAAAACAUUAAGC